CACAAAUACUUCUAUCAGAAGCAUCUUCUAAGUCGGCAUUGACACCGAAUCAUUUUUUUUUAAAUGAACGCAGUGCGUUCUAACAACACCAAAUCAUUUAAUUAACCAUUGGGUUUUGUUAAUUCAUGAUCCCCAACCCCAAGGACAACAAAAGUUGAUUCAGGUUUUGAAAUAACCUUUUGGAAUGUGAUUAAUUACUCAUUAACAUUGUAUUUUGAAGACAGGAGUGGUGAGUUAAGCACAAAAGAGCUCCAUCUUCAAUGGCCGGGCUCGGCUAUUGAAGCAAACCGGUCAACAAUGGAUGGACAUGCAUGGAAACAUUAAAAACAAAAGAAAAAAGGGGGGGGGGGGGGGGGGGGGGGGGGGUGGGACAAUUGGCAAAGACAAAAGCAUGAGAAUCUUCAAUUCCACAAAUUUCUUCACCCUUUAAAUUUCAUGGUUUUCAGUUCCAAAAACCCUUAGAUUCAGGGAUGUGCUUUGUUUUCGUUUGGUGCCUUGCUUGCCUGGUUGGUAAAAAAAAACACAGACAGAGAGUUGUUUGAUGGGAUUGUGAGAAUCUCCAGACCGGGUGACUUCAAAGAUUUCUGUGGUGGCCACACAUAGAAUGCUGAAUCCCAUGCAUCAACCCACUAAAUGCAUUCUUAUUAGAUGUGUAGUUAAGAAUUCAUCCAUUAUAAAUUGUGUCUAGUUAUGUGCAGAAAGAUAAUUAUGACGGGAUUGGUUUUGUAACUAGUUAUUUUGUUAGAUUUUGUUAUUUCGUAAUGAACGAAAUGAGCAUAAUAUUUGAAAAAUAGUGAAAUUGUUUGCUAUUUGCUAAGCAGGGAUCAACCACGUUCGCAAAAUUACCAAUGAAAUUGGACAUUGCAACUAUAUAAGUAUUUUCAUAUUGGUAUGUAGAUUUACACUAGAAAUGUCGUACUCUGUCAUACUCACUUGGUGUGAGAGUUCGAAAAUAAAACGUGUACUUGGUCAUACUCGAACUCUAAUGUCAUUUCUUUCUUUGAAUGUUACGAGAAUCAAGCCAUCGUAACUAUUGGGCCUCGAUCUGGGCUUGGAUAUUUUAUUGUUUAGUAUUUUAUUUAUUAAUUAUAUUUAUUAGUAGUUUCCUUGUCUAAGUAGGAUUUGGGUAUUGUUAGUUAUUUUCUUAUAAGAGUAGGAGUCAUGUUCUAGAUAGGAGAAGGUAGAGGCUUUCUAUGUCUAUAAAUAUGCAGCCUAGUUAUUCUGCUAACUGCAUAAGUUGUUAGUAUAUACUAACUAAUAUCCAAAAUAUAUGAACAAGUAUCCAAGUCUGCUGAUUUCACUAAAAUAUAUAGAUAGCACAGACCAAUGGCGGACCCAGAAACUUUAUUAACUGUAUUCAAUGAUAGACCAAAAUCACUAAGGGUUGUCAAAUAGUAUAAUAUCUCAAUACUAUCACCACUAAAACAAAAUUUUACCAAGGUUUUUUGUCCCAAAUUUGGAUCCAAGGGUUGUCAAUUGACAACCCUUAGACUAACAUGGGUCCGCCCCUGGCACAGACUAGUAUUCAAAACAUCACAAACUAGUAUCCAGAUAGCAGAUACCAACUAAUAUCCACAAUCAACCAACUAGUAUUCAAUAUGGAUACUCUUAUGUGUUAUCUGGAUACUUUUAUGUGCUAUCUGGAUACUAAUUAUGUGUUGUAUGGAUACUAUUCUGUGUUGUCUAGAUAUUAGUUUGUGAAUUUGGGAUAAUAGUUGAUUCAUGGUGGAUAUCAGUUAGCAAACCUUGAAUACUAGUCUGUGAUCUCUAGAUACUUUAGUACUUAGAUACUAGUUCAUGUAUUUUGGAUAUCAGUUAGUAUCUGCUAACGAAUCUUCAAGUUAGCAUAUUAACUUUCCCCAUAAACAUGUACUCUCUCUUUCGUUUAAUGGCAUGUUGAAGAUUGGAAUCCAAUAGUAGUUGAAGUUAUCUUCGUUCCUCUGAAUAUUCUCUUCGUUCUAACUCUCUUUCUUGCGAAUAUCUUUCAACAUCGACGACGAACGUUACGUGAAGGUUCUCACCGGAAAAAUACACGUAACAUUGAAUAGAUAGAGUUAUUAUUCAUCUUGAUCAUCAUGAUGAUAAAGCUUGCUCCAGUUUUAAGAGUAAAUUUUUUCCAUGUUUUCAAAGAACACCGAAAGUCAAAUUGAAAUACGUUGUGAUUAUUUCAUUUGGGCCUAUACAACUACAAUAUAUAUUUUUUUUUUGUGUGUGUUGGUGUUAGUGUAUUUUUCCUUUUUAACCUCCGCUCUUUGGGGAUCGUUGGUCUUUUAAGCUAUUUUUUCCCACACGAGAUCCAAGAUUCCUCGUGUGCAAAACAGUUGACCCGCUAGCUAGCCCACAACCCGGCAUUAACUAACAUCCACAUGUUUGGAUUUAAACUUUAAUUACCCACAACCGUUUUAUACUCAUAUUUAUUUAUCUAUUAUCUUACCAAAUCUUGACAAUUAGCUCCGGAUUUUGUUUUCUUUAAUCAAAAGACGGAUUGAAACCUGUUUUAGUAUACAAAUCAUUGCUCUUUUUUUGGUGAACAAAUAUUGACUCCGUGGCUUAGAUGUAGAAUUGGUUGGAUUCGAUGGUUCUAAUUUAGUUUCUACCGUUGGGUUAAAUUACUGAAAUCAUAUCUAAAUCUUGGAGGCUACUGUUGGGGUUAAAUUAUCGGGAAAAGAUCUUAUGCAAAACCCUUACAUAUGUAAAACUUACAAAAUUCUUUGUCUUAUCUCUUAGUAAGAAUUUUAUCAGGAAUGAUAAAAAUAAAGUUUUGUAAAAUUUGUGGGAGUUUUGCGAUGAUACCGAUGUUUAUUUACUCUUUUUUGGUAUGAUAUAUAUGACCACAUGACAACUUUUAAAAAGAUCGUAUGCGGUAAAUAAUUGCAUACCGUUUUUAAAAUAAAUUUACAUGUGUUCUUAUAUAUCAUAUCGUUAUUGUACUAUCUUAGUUGAACAUAAAGUGAUCAAGUGAAUCGUAGUACUCAUUGUGAGAUGUGACGUUAUCUAGAUCAUAACGAAUCGAAAUUUGAUUUAUGGUACUAUAUCACAUUCUCUGACUACUAAUACGCUAGCUUUUGUCAUAUUUAUAUUCUUCAUUGAGUAAUUUUUUUUAAAAAAAAUUUACAAGUUCUAGAUGGAAAAUAUAAUUUUUGGGGGGUAAAAAACAGCAUAAGGGAAGUGGAGAGUUUGACAAGCAAAAGCAAACAUAAUUAAACGACAGAGAUCUGGUGAGGUGGCUUCUAACACUCGUUCGUGCGGCGGGCCCCACAGCCCACAUGUUGAUGUCCUUUUUGACGUGGUGGGGACGGAGGUCCAGCCCAGGCCCACUACCAUUUAAUUCUUUUUGGGCUGAUGUUCUACGGCGGAGAUUCAUCCUUCUAGGUUUGCUUUCAACGGAUGAGAUUCGCCUCUCCUUUUUUUUUUUUUUUUUACCGCCACCACCUCAAGAUUUCGAGGAAAAACUCGGCUCCGGCAUCUCAAUCGCACUCGAUAUUUUCCCAAAUUCUCGCACGAGAUAUACUAACUGCCCCUUGCUCCCAGCUUUCUACUAACUCGGCUCCGGCAUGCUAGUAAUAUUUGUGUAUUUUACUAGCAUGUUAAGCGAUAUUUGUUGUUGGACCGACCAUACGGUAAGAUUAUCCCACCUUAUCCUAAACUUGAUGUCUAAUUACAUAUUAAUUAAUUUAGAACGACUCGUAGUUAUUAAAAAAAAUUUGUUCGAAAAGAUUAGAGCACUACUUGUUAUUCACAUAAUACUAUCCAUUUUAAUAUAUUUUUAAAGUUUUUUUUUUUCUUCCAAGCUCUCAUGACAUGCCUAUAAUCGAGCAUACUACGAUGAUAUGAAUUUACUUCCUAAUGAAUCUUGUAUUAUUAUUAACCAGUUGAUCUCAAUAACUCGAGCUGUUGCGAGAAUGUUAAUUAUAGAUCUUAUAUCAACCUCUAACCCGUCCCCUCAAACGUAAGCUAAAUCACGGUCUUGGAGUCUUCACAAACCCAUCUUCCCUUGUGCAUAGAUUGUUAAUAUUAUGGGUCGUACAGUCUACCGAUUCUGAUAUUAUAUCAUAAACCAGUCGAUCUAAAUGACUCUGAAUGGUUGGAAAAAGUGGUUUGCUACCCAACUUUUUCACGGGCAAAAGCUGCCUUGCCAACAUGAUACGAUGGAAAGUGCGACGUGAGUAAUUUACUUGUCGGCAAAACAGUAAACCAUCACUCUCCCCAGCAAUUAACUCUGAUGCUUACAGUUCUUCAUUCAUUCAUGUCAUAGUUCUCAUCGCCAUCAUCGAACCAUCAGAUUCAAUUCUAGCUAUCAGUAUGUAUGGUUUGGUGAUUUGUCUCUGUCGAUGUCUCAGCUCUCUCUGUUCUGUCACGUACCUCUGUUUUCAAGGCAUUAUGGUUCGGUUUUGUUGCUUAAACAAACUCUUAAUUUUUCUCUCUAACUAAUGAUCCAACUGCAUGUCCCACCACUUCAACAAGAUUCCACCUGAUCCUCUCUCUCUCUCUCUCUCUCAGUUUUCUCUUUCCCGCCUUUUUCUUUUGGGCAGUGACGUCACCACCAACUAACCAAAGAACACGAAUGGAGGGAAUUGCUCAUAGUCAAACUACAGCAUGAUCAUGGGCCAUCAACAGACAGCCUGCCGAGUUGCAUCACGAUGAGCUAUCAUGAUGGAUGAACAUUACCAUCAAUCAUUUCAUAGCAUCAUUUAUGUACCCAUUAUAUAUAUGUGUGUGUCCGAUAGGCCACCUAUCUACAAGAGGAAAAGCCACAUUCAUUGAUUUGAAGCUUGCGCAAAAUUUUCGUUUUAGUAGGUCUAAUCGGUUGUAUAUCAUUAUCUAUGUUUGAUAAAUUGACGGGGGAGGGUUUGCGAAUUCUGUUGGAGGUGUACAUUGGGUGAAAAUUGUAAGAGGUGUAAAUUCAAGCGUAAGUUCUCUUGAUUGCUUAAUUCUCGCAUCACUUCUUAGUGGCCGAGCUACAAAACUAUUGGAGUCACUUAUUUUCAGUGUCCUCUUUAAUCUAAAUCUAGAACUUUGCCACUAUCUAAUAUAUAUCAUGUCGAAAGAUGAACUUUACAUACCUAAUUAAUCGCGCAUCAACCGGUGGAUGUCAUAGGUCAUUAAUUAUGUGAAUGAAAUGGGCAUCAAAGA